UCGCCGGCCGCCACAUGUUAUGACGUCAGACAGUGGAGACGCGAAGUCUAACCUCGGUUAUAUUCACGUCAGCUGCUUUAGCAUCGCACUCCGUACGCUAUAGAGGUUAUAAACGCACGCUCUAGCCGCAAAUACACUAUUUUGACAUAAUAAUACAGUGUUAUUAAAUAAUAAUUACAUAACAGUGUUAAUAAUGGCCCCUGUGAACCUUUUUGAAGUGAAUUCUGAUGGUUUUAAGCAGUUUUUGGAGUCGUUUGAUCAUGUGUUUUCGGAUUGUGACGGCGUAUUAUGGCUAACAGAAGCAUUACCUGGGGUUGGCGACUUCAUCAGAUUAAUGAAAGAAAAUGGAAAAACAGUAAAUUUUGUAUCUAACAACAGUAUGAGGUCAAAAGAGAACUAUACAAAAAUGUUUGAUAACGCUGGCAUUCCAGACGGUUUUGAAAAUCUGACGACUCCUUCAGUAGCAAUGGUGGAAUAUCUGAAAUCAGUUAAUUUUGACAAACACGUAUUUUGUCUAACAUGUCCAGAAACGAAAAAGAUGCUUGAAAUAAACGGAUUCAAGACUAAAUAUGGACCAGAUGUCACUUACGAUAGCUUCGCCGACUUCGCCGACUAUCUUAUCGACGAUGCCGACAUCGGGGCAGUAGCUUUUGACAGUGACUACAAAGUGAACCUGCCCAAGAUGUAUAAAGCAGCGACGUAUCUGAAGAGGCCUGAGGUGCUCUUUAUGAACGGACCUACUGAUAGAUACGUGCCGUUUAGAGGACAAAUGUCAAUAGGUGCGUCAUUCGCAACCGAUUUAGUAUCAGAAUUAGUGAAAAGGGAACCCAUCGGAUUGGGAAAGCCGUCGAAAGACUUCGGAGUGUUUGCGAUGAGAAGGGCGUGGGUCACUGACCCUAGCAGGGUGUUGUUUAUAGGAGACAUGAUUGAACAGGACGUGGGCCUAGGCAAGAAUACAGGUUUCAAAACAUUGCUGGUUCUAACUCACUGCACAGAAGACGAAAUGAAAGCGGAACCCCUUGCCAGGCAACCAGACUUCUUUGCCCCUUCUUUAGGAAGUUUAGUGCCUAAGUUUAUAGAAUAAGUGUUAGUGAUUAGUGAAUAAGGGUAGUUAUGACGUACUUACCUCCAUCAUUUAAAUAAAUUAGUGUCAAAUAUA